AACGACGCAGCGUUAUUAAACAACAGGCGUUUGCGCGGGCUUCCAGCUCAAAUCUUGUGGUUGUUGUAGAAGACGCGUCUGUAGCCCGCGUGCCACACAAAGACUGAACUGCCAAAGCCGCUUUGUCAUCGCCUACGUCGUGAUUACUCCUCACUGCAGCCUCCUUUUACCGGAGCAGCGCUGAAAACCUCCACCAACCUUUGCCUUCUUUUUCGAUCUACGCAACCCUCCACAGAAUAACCAUGUUUGAGGCUCGCCUGGUCCAGGGCUCCAUCCUGAAAAAGGUCCUGGAAGCCCUGAAGGAUUUGAUCACAGAAGCCUGCUGGGACGUCAGUUCGUCCGGCAUCUCUCUGCAGAGCAUGGACUCGUCUCACGUAUCCCUGGUGCAGCUCACUCUCCGGCACGACGGCUUCGACUCUUACCGCUGCGACAGAAACCUCGCCAUGGGAGUCAACCUUAGCAGUAUGUCCAAAAUCCUGAAGUGUGCGGGAAAUGAGGACAUCAUCACCCUCAGAGCGGAGGACGCCGCUGACACUCUGGCUCUUGUGUUUGAGACCAUCAACCAAGAAAAAGUUUCAGAUUAUGAAAUGAAGCUGAUGGACCUGGAUGUGGAGCAGCUGGGCAUUCCAGAACAAGAGUACAGCUGCGUGGUGAAGAUGCCCUCCGGGGAGUUCGCCCGUAUUUGCCGUGACCUGUCGCAGAUCGGCGACGCCGUCAUGAUCUCCUGUGCCAAAGACGGUGUUAAAUUCUCCGCUUCGGGAGAGCUGGGCACGGGAAACAUCAAGCUGUCCCAGACCAGCAAUGUGGACAAAGAAGAAGAGGCCGUCACCAUUGAGAUGAAUGAACCCGUCCAGCUGAUUUUUGCUCUCAACUAUCUGAACUUCUUCACCAAGGCCACUCCGCUGUCAAAGACUGUAACCCUUAGCAUGUCUGCUGAUAUCCCCCUUGUGGUGGAGUACAAGAUUGCCGAUAUGGGACACAUCAAAUACUACUUGGCCCCGAAGAUCGAUGAGGAAGCUUCUUAAGUUGGAAGCACAGACCGAAAAGGGGGGAGAAUGCAGGUGAUGGAUGACUGGGACUCCUCCUGAAGGACUGAAGGGAUCUUACUGUGGUGAACUGUGGUCACUCUGAGGUUCCUGGGCUCAAAAUGAAGUCCAGGGACGCUCAGAGUAGCUGGCAGACACAUCUGUCGUAGUUUCCAGCAAUUGUUUUAGGCCUGUUCUCUCCCUCUUUUUAUCCCGUUUGUUUGCAGGUAUCCAUUCUGUUGUAGAUAACACCUCUGUAAAUAAUUCCUGUGGCGUCACACUGCAAGCUCCAAAUGUUUUGUACUCAUAAAUUCAAUCGGAAAUAAAGGAUUCAAGUUGUUAAAAAA